GAUUGGCAGUCGGAAAUUCUUUUCUACCUUAAUUUGAACCGAAAACCCGGAGAUCGUGCACAUGGAGUAAAAAAUUAUUAAAAAGUCGCGAGUUUACGCGAUUGUGAGAAACAUUAUUUCGGUAUAAACAUAAUCGGAAUACUGUUGAAUCAUCGUGAGUAUUUGGCGAAAUUAAUCUGCUGGUAGGUCGUGAACGUCACACGUCGUUAGACGAAUCACUCUCAAGACUUGGGGGAAAUAUUUGUUGUUAGUCGGGUCACCGUGGGGUUAUCACGAGAGAUUCGCAGAGGCAUUUUGAUUUGCUAAAACCCCGUAUAAAAGCCGCGGAGGACGGCAGUGUGGAGCAUUGUUUCGCGAACAAUCUCUAAGAACUUAUCGUUCCUUCGUCAAAGCAGCGAUACGAUUGUAUAAAGAGAAUCGCUCCAAGAAAUUUGAAGUGAACAUCCAAGAAGCGUAAGAAGAAAGCAUUGCGCGACACAAUAGGUGAAAAAUAUCAAAUCAUCCCCCUCUGAUUGGUAUCGGAUAUCGAAACGAUGGCGCUUUACUCGGCGUUCUUUCUUGUUGAAUUCUUGGGGAUAAUAAUUGCGGUCCUCUGUGCCAUUUACGUCUACUUCAAGUAUGUGGCCUUCGAUUAUUGGAGUUCAAGAAAUGUCGUAUCCUAUGAGACAAUUGUUCCUUUUGGCAGUAUGUGGCCUGUGUUUUCAGUCAAAUAUUCGAUGGGUGAAUUUUUCCGCGAUGCGUACUUGAAGUUUAAGAAAAACCCUUUUUUCGGUGUCUACACCUUUCACAAGCCUGCGCUUGUGAUCAACGAUCCCGAUAUCAUACGCCUUGUUCUUACAAAGGAUUUUACGCACUUUCACGAUCGUGGAGUAUAUUCCGAGGAAAAGAUCGAUCCUCUGUCGGCACAUCUGUUUGCGGUCCCUGGUGCGAAAUGGAAGUACUUGAGGACCAAGUUUAGCCCCACAUUCACUUCAAGUAAAAUGAAGCAAAUGUUUUUCACCGUCAAAGAUUGUUCUGAGACACUCGCCGCGUUUGUGGCGGAUAAAGCGAAGAAUUCGGAAUUGGUCGAAGUGAAAGAUCUCGUAGCAAGGUUCUCCACCGACGUUAUAGCCUCAACGGCCUUCGGUCUAGACUGCAAAAGCAUUGAAAAUCCUGAUGUGGAAUUUCGAAAGAUGGGUCGAAAAGCUUUUGCGACCAGACCAUUGACAAAUUUUCUAUCAUUUUUCGCCCCGUCCAUAUUGAAAACAUUCCGUAUGCCUGUAACCGACAAGGAUGUUACCAAGUUCUUUAUCAGUGCAUUCAAGGAAACCGUCGAGUACAGGCAAGCCAAUAACAUAGUUCGAAAGGACUUCAUGGAUCUUAUCAUGCAGCUGAUGAACAAAGGCUACGUGAAAAAUGACGACGAGCUGAAACCGGCGCAAUCAUCAGCGCUUGACUCUGAAAGAAUCACAAUGAUGGAAGGAGCUGCUCAAGCUUUCGUCUUCUGGUUGGCUGGCUUCGAGACAUCUUCAUCAACCGUGACCCACUGUCUUUACGAGUUGGCGUUACAUCAAGACUUGCAAGACAAAGUGGCCGAUGAAAUAAACACAGUUCUACAAGAAUUAGGAGGCGUAUCUUACGACAGCGUCAAGGCGAUGCCCUACCUUGCCAAGGUCGUUGACGAAACCCUGAGAAAGUAUCCAUCAGUACCAAUUCUGAACAGAGAGUGCACGAAAGAGUUUGAGCUGCCCGGCACUGGUUUGCGUAUCGAAAAAGGGACUGCGAUAGUCAUCCCAGUCCUCGGGAUUCAAUCGGACCCAGACAUUUAUCCAGAACCAGAAAAGUUCGACCCCGAACGAUUCAAUGAGGAGAACGUCGCAAGUAGACAUCAGUACACUUAUUUACCGUUUGGUGAGGGGCCGAGGAACUGCAUCGGCAUGAGGUUCGGUCUGGUACAGACGAAGGUUGCGAUCAUCAGUUUGCUUUCCAAAUACCGUUUCAAACCUGGACCAAAUCUGAAAGUACCGAUGGUCAUGGACAAAGGAAAUCUCGUGCACUGCCCUGACAGUAAUGGAAUAGUCCUUCGCAUCGAAGAGCGAGAAAAGUUUUAUCGAAGUGAAGAUUUUCAGGUUGAAAAGCCUGACAAACGUAGAAAAGUUUUUAAAUUAUAUUUCUGUACAUUGGAAGGUACAGAAAACAUGGUGGUUCACUCCAGCUAUUUCCUCCUGGAAUUUGCCGGGAUAAUAAUUGCCCUUGUCAUAUCUGUCUAUGCCUACCUAAAAUAUGUGUCCUUCAGCUACUGGAGUUCGAGAAAUGUAAUUUCUCCAAAGCCGAUCAUUCCUUUUGGCCACAUCAAGCCCGUCACAACAAGAAAACGUUCAAUAGGUGAACUUUUCCAAGAUAUCUACUCGGAGUAUAAGAAACAUCCAAUUAUUGGCGUUUACUUGUUUACCCGGCCUAACCUCGUCAUCGCCGAUCUAGACCUCUUACGCUUUGUUCUUACAAAAGAAUUUCCGCAUUUCCACGACCGUGGGGUUUACUGCGAUGAAAAGACUGAACCACUGUCCGGACAUUUGUUCUCACUGCCUGGUGCCAAAUGGAGAUUUUUGAGGAACAAGUUCUCUCCCACGUUCACUUCCAGCAAGAUAAAACAAAUGUUCCCUACGGUUAAAGAAACUUCCAACAGACUUUCACUGAUAGUCGAGAAAAAAGCUCAAAACUCUGAAGUGAUUGAGAUAAAAGAUCUUAUGGCAAGGUUUUCCACCGACGUGAUCGCUUCAGUGGCUUUCGGUAUUGAUUGUAACAGCCUAGAAAAUCCAGAUGCUGAAUUCCGGGCGAUGGGUAGAAAGUUUUUUGCCCCAAGAAAGGGUAUACUCGGACUUGUUUUUGCUUUUCCAAUUUUGCGUAAACUGGUUAAAUUUACCGCGAUUCCCGAGGAUGUCACCAAUUUUUUCAUGGGCGCUUUCAAGGAAGCAGUAGAAUAUAGAACGGCCAAUAACGUCGUUCGAAGAGACUUUUUAGACUUGGUCAUACAGCUUAUAUAUAAAGGCUACGUUCAUAAUGACGACGAAAAAGCACCGCUGCCUGGGACAGUCGACGAGCAGAAGAUUACCAUGGACGAAGGAGCAGCGCAAGCAUUCGUCUUCUGGGUUGGUGGCUUUGACACAUCAUCGUCAACGGUGACCCAUUGCCUCUACGAGUUGGCGCUGAAUCAGGAAUUGCAGGAGAAAACAGCCGCGGAAAUAAUCAGAGUCCUUGAAGAAUACGGGGACGUAACUUACGAGUCCAUCAGAGCGAUGCCCCAUCUUCACAAAGUCGUUUCUGAAACGCUGAGGAAGUACCCAGUCGUUCCGUUGCUCAACAGAGAGUGCACCGAGGAUAUUGACCUGCCUGGUACCGGCUUCCGAGCAACCAAAGGUACUAAGAUUAUUGUCCCGGUUCUUGGAAUCCAUUGGGACCCCGACCUAUAUCCAGAACCAGAGAAAUUCGACCCGGAACGGUUUAAUGAGGAAAACAUUGCCAAGAGACACCCGUACGCUUACUUGCCAUUUGGCGAGGGCCCAAGGAACUGCAUCGGUAUGAGGUUCGGGUUGGUGCAGUCUAAAGUUGGCCUGAUCAGGAUGUUGUCAAAGUUCCGUUUCACUCCAGGUCCGAACUUGGACGUGCCUUUAAUAAUGGACAAGGCAAACUUUGUGCAGAUGGCCUUAAACGGGGUAACAUUGCGUGUCCAAAUGCGAUAAUGCGACGGAGUCAAUGUGUAAUAUUUGUGCCAUGUAAGUUUAAGAUUCCCUGUUUGGAAAAACGAUACCUGUAUAUACAUUUCACAGGUUUCGAGAACAAAACUUUUAAAGAAGGUGGUGGAAAAAAUUUUUUACAGUUACCGCUGGGAUUUAGUGAUUAUCUGAGGUUGAUAACGUCACAUUUUAGCUAUCACAAUAUAAAAUCCAUCCGCCGUAAGAUCAGUCGUUUCUUACAAUAUUACUGUAUAUGCUCUAAGAUGUACAGUUAUAGUGGCAGAUAAUGAAAAAGCAACUUCUUACUCUAAUUGGUUAUUACGGUUAUAAUACGUUUGGUGGAUGCUUUGAGUGAAACUGGAUGCUCGGACCAAAUAUCCCAGGCUACACUUGAUGUUCUAAAAAAUCCGCAGCAAACAUAUCUCUGCAAGAUUUUAAAUAUUUCAGUUACAAAAUAAAUAAAUAAAUAAAAAUCAA